CUGCAUUUUUCCCUGCAGCACGGCUCGGCUCGCUCACUAACAACUUCAUUGAGCGUUUUUUAUUUUCUUGUGAUUCCUGAGCCGGGCAGCUCCGGUCUCUUUCUCCCUCUCUCCAAGUGAACUUUAUAGGGAUGUUAUAUGAGAGCAUCACCGUGCUGAAUGCCCAGAUAGUACUUAAGUAAAGUGUAGGACGGGUAUAAAGAGUGAACGACUGGACAGACUUCUUCUACUACAACUACUUUUUGCUCGGUUUAAUACGCAAGAGAAAAGAGAGGGAGUGUGUGUGUGCAGGAGAGCGAGAGAGAGAGAGACAGAGAGAGAGAGAGAGAAGUCGCACAGGUUUUUUGGAGCUACGCUUUCAUGCCGUCAGUCUUGCGGACUCUGAGAUGGACGUCAGAUUUUAUCCAGCUCCCCCUUCAAGCGUGGGUUCAUGUACGUUACCGACUGACUCCGGUUUGGACUAUUACCACUCCAACAAGGGCAGAUACGCUGCUGCAGAUCGAGGUGUGAGGCUCUACAGUUCCCUGCCCAUGCGCCCAAACCCUGACGGCAAGAGACUGCCCUCUACUGGGUUUGAUGGUGACAACAUGUACAUGAAUGAAAACAACCACGAGUUCCUCCCGCCCAACCAGAGCUACACAGGUCAGAGUGGUGGCGGUGGGGGAGGAGGCGGAGGUGGCGGCUCAGGCAGUGGAAAUGGAGCUGGGGACGAGGACUACGAGAUCCCCCCCAUCACUCCACCGAACCACCCCGAGCCUCCUCUUCUUCACCUGAUGGAGCACGACUCUACAGGCUACCUCUGCCACUCGCUGCCACACAAUGGGCUCAUCAACCCAUAUUCCUACCCAGAGCUGCCCACACUCAUGAUGUCUAACAUGCUGGCACAGGACAGCCACCUCGUCUCCAGCCAAAUGCCCUCGAUGCAGGAGAUGGCUUUGCACCACCACCAACAGCAACACCAUCACCAGCACCCAGACGGCGCUCAUUAUAACCACCCCCUGAUAAACAGCUCACCUCCGAUACUGCCCAACCCCAUGAGUGCACUGACCCAGCUAAACCCUCAGGUCAGCCGGAGUGCACUGCCUCAUGGCUCCCCCUCACCUCCCGGAAGUAAAUCGGCCACACCCUCCCCCUCAAGCUCCAAUCAGGAAGAGGAGACUGAUCCUCAUUCGAAGAUGGUCUUUCAGAUCACGGGCGAGAAGCGGCCAUCUUCAGAGAUGAUGAAGCCCAAGCCCAAACCCCAAAAAAAGAAGAAGAAGAAGGAUCCCAAUGAGCCUACAAAGCCUGUGUCAGCCUACGCCUUGUUCUUCAGAGACACCCAGGCAGCCAUUAAAGGACAGAAUCCCAACGCCACCUUUGGAGACGUAUCCAAGAUAGUGGCCUCCAUGUGGGACGGACUGGGAGAAGAGCAGAAACAGAGCUACAAGAGGAAAACAGAGGCUGCUAAGAAGGAGUACCUGAAAGCCCUGGCCGCCUACAGAGCCAGUCUGGUUUCCAAGACAUAUAAUGAUCCUGUGGAGACAAAAAGUGCCCAAACAAGCCAGGCUUCUCCACAUAUGAUGCCAGCCAACCCGCCCCUGUACAGCGUGCCACCUCCCCCCCAGCCGUCGUCGCCCUACCUGGGGCCCGGGGCCUUCCCUCUCACCGACCUGCAGAGCUACGCAGGACACGCUCCCCGCCACACCCUGUCGCAGACGCUCAGCCAAUCGCAGAUGCUGCCCAGCAUUAGUGCCUCUCCCCCCUCCUCCUUCCAGAUCAGCCCACCCCUUCACCCCCACCAGCAGCUCUCCCUGCACCAGAGCUCGCUCCUCAACCAGCCUAUCCGCAUGCAGCAGGUCCAGUCCCAGCCAAUCAUCUCUCACCAGAUGGGGCUGCAGGCCUCUCUUCACUCCCCACCUCCUGGGCAGCAGGGUUUUUCUCACCUCCAGUCAGAGUAUCAGAAGAGCAUUGGGGGUUCCCAGUCUCCAGGAGCCCCUGGCCCCGGUCCAGGCCCCGGAGUGGCUCAGAGCCAUGACUGGGACAGUGAAUACUGCAAUCGGGAGUGUGGCAACCACUGCAGUGGCAGCAUGAUUGGCAGGGACAAGCCACUCUACCUCACCUGAAACUGAAGAUCAUGCUCUGUCGACAAAUACGACACCGAGGAGUCUACUCUCACGCCCCAAAAUCCACCACCCACCCCCACAUCCCGCUCACCCCAUCCCCUCAACCCUCCUCUGAUGCACACACUUACACACAGUUCACACUUAACAUACAAUAACAAACAUACAGACACUCACACACACACACACACAAAUAUUCUGCCUCCCAAAUCACCACCGCCACCUUUUUUUGUCAAUGUAAUUAUUAUUUCUCUCAGUUUCUAGAAGAAUUUGUGACCAGAGUUUUUUGACUAGAUGACUGCUGUCUGUACCAAUUAAUGUAUUAGCAGUCCUCUUGCUGUUUAAAAUUUGCCAAGCACUUAUUGAGGCCCCCCUCGCCCUCCCUCCUGCUCCCACCCUCCUCUGAGUUGUGUGUCUAUGCCCUCUCCGAUACAGGCUGGGCUGUAGAGCACUCCUCUUCUGUGUCACUAUAAAAGUCCCCUCAGGGACCCCAUCCAGCUUUAAUUAGAAUGAGAAGAAAAAAAUACUCUUCCUCUUCUUUAAUCAUUUUAAUUUCCUUUUGUGUUUUUUUUCCCUUUUUGUUGU